UUCGAUAAGUGCAUUUUUAAGUAAAUGGAAAACUUAAAAAAUGGAGAUCUCCAAAUAUAGAGGAUGUAGCAUUGGAGCAAAAGAAGGGAAAAUGGGGAUGAACGGCUUGCACUGGAGUUGGUCUAAGGUGUGAUCUCCUAGUCUCAGAUCGUCUCGUUCUCUUAGUUAUGUGCUUAGCUUCGAUCUCUAUUCAUGACAAAGGAAUUCACAACACAAUUACACAAGCAUUAAUUAAACUUCCUCUUGUGAUCACUCAUUAUCAAUGUUUUUAUCAUGUUCGGUGUCAACAAUUUUCAUGAACUCUGUUGUGUUACCUUGAGAACAAAACGAGUAAAUAUCAGGCGCGUGUGACAACUUACAUAUGUUCCUGUAUUGAAUAUAUGAUAUUUCCUAUAACCUCUCAACGUACUUUUCGAGUUUCGAUAUUUUUUUUAUGUGAUCUUAGAUUAUUUCGUCGAGUAAAAUUGACAUUGAAAAAUGUUAUCCAAUGCCCAAGCCAAAAAAAAAAAAAAAAAACUCAUUGGUUCUUUCGUUGAUGGAUGAUGAUGUGUGAAUUUGUAAUGAAAUAUGAGUGCAAAGAUGUAUAAGCAAAGUGACCACUCCUCCUCCAACAAGUGAUUCUCCUUCUGACACGUCCUGCUCCACUACCCAUGGGAACGAAAUAAAUGCAUGGACAAGAAGAGAACAAAUUUUACAUGGACACGAAUGAAUAAUAAUUAAUUAUAUAACGAGGGAGAUUUCGUUGAGGCUGAGGUUUGAGCUGAAGCAUCUCACGAUCUAACCUUUCUUUUUAACUCGCCAACUGAAUGAGUGGAUCUUCAUUAACAGGUUGCCAUAUAUUAAUCAAUUAUUUAAUUACCCACAAAACGACGGUGAGAGGGACCGGGCAAGAGGAACUGGGCUUUGGAUUUGGACCACUCACCCAGCUGCCUUCCAGAGUGUUUGUUUUCUACUCCAAUUUGUAAUUUUGCUUAUAGGAUUUUUUUUUUAACGGUGGUGAUGUAUGUUUUAUUUUUCGUGGUUAAGUAUUAUUUAAGCAAUUUGAAUAUAUAAUUGUUCAUAUUUUAAAAUAGUGAUAUUAUCACUAUAUCAACUCCUUGUUCGUGAUGAUUUCUUUUUAUUAACGUUAUGAUAUGAUUGGAGAUAACGGUUUUACUAUAUUGACGGUUUGAGUACAUAAACAAACAACCAGCUCAAUACAAAGGUGAUAUGCGCCCCCGUCGAUACAAGAUGUUUAGCGGAUCAAGAUAGUAUUGGAGAGGGGGGAGGGGGGGUGGAUACGGUACACUCCAGAUACCACAUCAGUUAUACAAGGGAAGGAAUCCAAAAAUAAAUCUGUACAGGUUUGUUCCAAAACGGACAAUAUCGUACUACUGGAGCCAUCCGGUUUUGACAAUAUCAAUUUGUGAUUUGGAUUAUACAACAAAUUCAAGAUACUUGCAACGUAAAUAAGUACAAGCCUGAACCACGCAAGUGACUUGUUUUAAAACAAGGAUAGGAAAUUAAUAACAAAAGCAUAAAAGAUAGAAGAAUUAAGUAAUUAACGAUGAAAUGUUGGAGAAAAUUGGAGUGGUAGAUGGUUGUUAGCUGAGCCAAGUAAAUUUUUUUUUUCAAAAUUAUUCUUCAUAUUUUCCACGUUUUUUCCUAAAUAUGUCAUAAUUCAAAGAUUUUCUUUGUCCCGAAUACUCGGUAAGCAAAUUUUUGUUAUCCUAGAGAUCUAAUGAAGAGAUCUAUUGGCUCUCGUUGAUUAUUAGUUUGUGGACACAUGUAGUGAUUAGGCGUGGAUUUAGCUUUGCUCUUCCAUUAAAGAAGUGGAAGUUAAGUUGAUUAGUACCAUAAACUCACAAUCAUUGGCUAAUCGAAACUCAAUUACCAAAUGGGUUAGACAAGGACAACUUGAAGUUCCCUCAAUCCACGUGGCCAUAUCAAUGAAUGACAGCCUACCAAUUUCACUUGACAAAUCGAGAAAGGUCGUGUUCAUCUAAUUAAGUGCAAUAAUUCAAACACUAUUAUACUAAAUAAAUAUUUAACCAAUCAAAACACAUUAUAAGUUACAUGAUUUCUUAAAGUGUCAUUGAAACUUGCAUUAAAAAAUAUAAAGCACUUGAAUAGAUGUUGAUGAAUGAUUAGUGGUUUACCCUUGUUUUGGUUUUGCCGUGUACUUGUAAUGCUUAGUGGAUAAAAACAAGAGAGGAUGAUACUUGUAAUCCUGGUUUUCCUUCCUUGGCAUUUUCAAUGAUUGGCGGUUUGGGUAUAUUAUUAACACACCCAUGAAAUUAAGAUUUUAAAAUUAAUAGGUUAUGUUAUGUUUAUGUUGGCUUGUAAUAAGCGGUAAAUACUGGUCAAGCAAACCAACAAUUGUUUAUGAAUCAUGAAUUAUGUUGAUUCCAGAAUGCAAUAAGAAGAACAUAGAUUGAUGUAUUCAAGUUUAAGAAUGAAAUCAAUAUGCAACUUAAUAAUUAGAAAGAAUAUAUUUACUUUAAAAAAUAACUUAUUACAUUCUAAAUACGACCAAUUUCAAUAAGAAACACCAAUUUACCGACCAAUUCCAAAAGAAACACAAUACUGUUUUAUUAUUAUUAUUUAACUAAAAAAUUUAUGCCGAGAGCAACAAAUAACUUGACAUAAAAUAAACGUUAUUUUUCAUGUUCACAUUCUGAGUGAAUUGGGGAAUAAAUAUAAAUUACUGUCUGUAAAUAUAUAGAUCAAGACUAUUCAAGAGUAAAAAAAACGUGUAAAUUAUAUUUCUCAAGCUUUAACUAAAAAUUGGAGGUAAAGAGACCAAAAGAGCAGGGGAAACGUGUUAAAUAAAGUCAAUUCAAUUGCGUAGGAAACAGAAAUUGUGGGAUCGGAAAGAAAUCUAAUGAGUUAUCCUCCGUACCAAACACGGCCUAACGCAACCCAUAGCAACUCCGAUGCUGCCACGGAUUCUGAAAGCCCGGGAGAAACCGGUCAGCUUCCGUCUCCCUCCCGCGCUGCCUUUUACCUUCCACUGCCACGUGUCGGUCACCUCUCCUUCCUGUUAAAAAAAAAAAAAAAGACGCACCAUAUAUAUAUAUACAUUUCCCCUCAUUUCAUUCUCAAUAAUCCACAUUUCGCCGACUCCUCUGGUUUCCCCUUCCCAAAUUUCUCUGUUUCAGGCUCCUCCAGAUUUCGAUUCCAAUCGAUUCCCCCAGCCAAAACCCUAGAAUUGCGUCCGUACCCAUCUCCAUCCCUCAUCUCUCUCUCUCUCUUUCGUCUGCGGUACCUAAUUGCCGAUUCUUUCUAGUUCCCCCUCAGCUAUAGAAGGACCCCGAACAGAAAACCUCCUACCACCAUCCAAGUACUUGCCCUUUUUCGCGAAUGAUCGUCAGUUCAAACAUGAUGGCCGAGACCGAGAUUAUCUGCAAGCAAACCAUCCCCUCCGUCAAGUACCACCUCUGCGUCGCCGCGGAACACAAUUUGAAGGUCGACGACCCCUCCUCGCCUUUGUCACCGAUCUUGGAGGCCAAAGUCUCGCCCUUUGAAUCGGUUGCCAGUUUCAAAGAACCUCGCGCAAUCAAGGACUCUAUUAUUGAUCCCUCUACAAACAUGUCAUUUCCAGACAUCCGAUCGGGAAGCCACUCUGAGAUUGGACCAAGGCCCUCCAUGGACGAUGAACACAUUCGAAUCGACGACCUCUCUACUCAUCUUGGUUCCUUCUUCAACUGCCACAGUGCCUUUUAUGCAGUUUUUGAUGGUCAUGGAGGGCCUGAUGCUGCUUCUUACAUAAAAAGGAAUGCUAUGAGGCUAUUCUUUGAGGAUGCUGGUUUGCCCCAAACUUCCGAUAUUAGUGCCGCCUUCUUGGAAUCUCUGAUGGAUUCCCACAGGAAAGCUUUUCUGCUAGCAGAUAUUGCUAUUGCUGAUGACAGCACUAUCAGCACCUCGUGUGGGACAACCGCGCUGACUGCCCUAGUCCUUGGACACCACUUGCUGGUUGCCAAUGCCGGCGACUGCAGGGCAGUUUUAUGCAGGAAAGGUGCAGCCUUUGAAAUGUCACAAGACCACAGGCCUUCGUAUUUGCCUGAACGCAGAAGAGUUGAGGAGAUGGGCGGUCGAAUAGAAGAUGAAUAUCUCAAUGGCUACCUAUCAGUGACCCGGGCACUCGGUGACUGGGAUCUGAAGCUUCCAUAUGGCUCUUCAUCGCCUCUAAUUGCUGAACCUGAGUUUCGACAAAUGGCACUCACUGAAGACGAUGAAUUCUUGAUAAUUGCUUGUGAUGGAAUCUGGGAUGUCAUGUCAAGCCAGUAUGCUGUAAGCCUUGUUCGACGGGGGCUAAGACGGCACGAUGAUCCAGAACACUGUGCAAAAGAGCUAGUGAAUGAAGCAGGAAGACUCCAUUCUGCCGAUAAUCUCACUGCGUUAGUGAUCUGCUUCCGCGGACCGAGGCCCGUAGAGUCGUGCCCUCCUCAAAGGAGGAGGUUGAGGUGCUUCAGCCUUUCCGAGGAGGCUCGGAGUAGGCUGAAGGGGUUGAUGGAAGGAAACUGAGAUUGUACAGAAAGUAGGAAGUGGGAAUUGUAUUUUAUCAUUCAACCUUAACUUAAUUUUUGGCCUGGCAGAGGGGGCUUAAGGAUAGAGGAUGAUGGGUUUUUUUUGCUCUCGUCUGUUUUGUGGCUGCUUCAGAUGAUGAUAGGUGCCCUAGUUAUGGUAGCUCUCAGGGUUAGAGAAAAAGCAGCCAGCAGUUUUGGUUAGUAGGUUUGGAUACUGAAGAUGUAUCUAGUCUAGAUGUUCAAUAAAGGCCAGAGAGUGCACCACCCAUCGCUUUUCCGAGGAGUAGGUUUUAUAUAGGAAAGCCCCCUCUCGUGUUUCUGGAUUUUGUGAUACUCUGUUUCCUUCCUGAAGAUGGUUAGAUGUGUUUUCUCAACCGAUGUGUACCAGGUUCGAAUGGGUUGAAUAGAGUAUGCACAGAUUUGAUCUCCAUUCAUUUGCUUGGGGAUGUUCACAGCAAAUUUGUUUUGAUGAAUGGUUGGAAAGGAGACAAAAGGUUUGGCAUUGGCAAAUGGUGACCACAUGGCCUGGGAGAUUGAAUGAAUAUGAGAAAGUUGGUUAUCUUUUCAGUUAUCGGAAGCUUUCUGCGAUGGCGUUGUUUGUGGUUUCGGUGGGGGAAACGGACAGAUAGAAGAAAGGGUAAGGGUUCUGUGACGGGGAAUCGCCAGUAGCAAACAGCGGCCACCUUUCCUCUUGGUUAUCAUCUCAUCAGCAUCAACGGAUAAGGCAACCAAGAAGAAGCCACCCUUGCUGGUUACUUGAGCACCAAUGUUGUCCUCGCCGUUAUGAAUCUUUUAAGUGUAAAUGUGUAUUAUGGUAGAAAUGAAAAUUUGAUGGAGUUUUGUGAAAUAUAAACGAACUCGAAUCAGAACGAAUAAAUAAAAUCGAAUGUUAUUUUUAUCUGGUUUCAUUUCUCGAUAGAAUCAACUAUGACUGGACCGAAUUCUGCUCGCGUUAAUGAUAAUCAAACUAGAGUAACCUCCUCACUGUUUAGCAUUGUGCUAGCUAUGAACGACUAGUGGGAUAAUAUGCUUAUCCUCUUUUGGUGGAUCGCUGUGUUCACUGAUUUCACACCCACCAUUUCAUUCUUCAAUAAUAAACAACAAAAAAGAGAUAGCCGUCAAUUUUGAGAUUCACGCUUUAUUUUGAUAUUGGGCUUUCACACAACGCAUAGGGAAAAAUAGAUAAUUCAUUACCAUAAGACUUCUCUCUUAUUAUUCUAACACUCAAAUUUGACCUCAAUCAGCUCAAUCCCUACCGUUUAUAGUUGUCCACGUUUCCACGUGUCAAGAUCGCAGCGGCAUCACAGCCAAAAAGGAAACCCACCGGAAAAUAUAUUCUUAACUUAUAA